CAGAAAUGCUUUCGAUAUUCCUCUUUCAAGUGGCGUCUUACCACAUUGUUUUAGGAGAUUUGUCCUACACAAUUUGUGAUUCCUGGGAAAUCGCGAGAAGCUUUAUUAUUUCACUCCAACUUUCUUUCCUUUUUUUUAUGUAAUUAUUAUUAUUUUUUUUCUAUGUUUUUUUUUCCUAAUAGAAGGGAAACACGUUAACCCUUUACGUAGUUGCAAGGUCAAGCUUAUUAAGCAAGAUUCAGAGGGCUAAUAUAACCAGUUACGCUAGAAAUAGAUGACAUAAGCAAACUUUCAUAAUUCAUAUAACCAAGAGAUAGCACUUAAUUAAACAUUUUUUUUUUAGUCUUGCAUACUAUAUUAAUAACAUGCUCAACCUACAUAUAGAUUAUCUCUUCCACAUUCCGACAAUUUAACGAGUCAAGUGAAGCUCUUCGUACUGUGCAAGGCCAUUGUCGUAUCAGGCUAUCAGUAGCAACUUUCUGCCCCGAGACGCCGCGCAAAGUACUCGGGAGACAGACCUUCCGAUGGCUUAGUCGCCUCGUCACUUCCUCCACGGCGCUCGCACCUCCACCUCCUCCUCCUCUCCACCUCCAUCCUUGCUUCUGCUCCUGUUGCCUCCACUCGGGGAGGGAAACAUAAUGGACACUUCUCCGGAGACUAAGAUCAGCCCUGCACUGAGGAAAGAGGAGGAAAUGGGUGAAGGUGACGUGCACAGGGAGGCUAAGGGCGGCGGAGGCACGGCCAUUUCGACGAUGAAGAAACUUUGGGCAGCCACCACCUACGAGCCGCUGUUGCUGCUGCAUUCCAUUAUCCACUUCGGCACUAUUACCAUGACAGAGUCCCUGAUAGCAGAGAAGAGCUGUCUGGUGACCCUCGGCAAGCCUGAGGAUAUCUGCAAAGAACUUUAUAAUCAUCCAGAUGAUGAAAUUGAGGUGCAACAAGUUGCAUCGAAAUAUCAAGGUUCUGCCACAAUGGCUGAGAACCUGGUCGCAAUGUUCCUGCUUCUUUACAUUGGCCCCUUCUCUGACAGGUACGGUCGGAAGCCCUUCCUUUACCUGAGUCUGGUGACGAAAACGUUGAACAUUCUUAUCCUUUUCCUCGCCUCCGUGUUCAUUUACUCCCCGACCGAGCUCACUGUCGUGGCGCCGUUCCUCUACUCCCUCGGGGGAGCGAUGGGCUCCUUCCAGAUGCUCGUCUUCGCCUGCAUCUCCGACGUCACCACGGAGGCCAACCGGACCUUCAGGCUGGGCGUCCUCAAGAUCUUCAUGGCCUUCGGGUCGCCCACGGGCAGGGUGGUCGGCGGCCAGAUGUAUGCGGCAGGUGGGUAUGUGGCAGUGUACGGGCUGGCGCUGGGGCUCCUGGGUAUCUGCCUCCUCAUGCUCGUCUUCACUGCGGAGUCUGUGAAGUUCAGUGAUAAUGAGGAGAGGCCCAAGUUCAAGGUCUCGUGGCUGGUGGAGGUCCCCGCGGAGCUCCUCAGGGCCGUCCACCGCAAGGAAGGGCCGCGAAGGGGCAUCGUCUACGCGAUCCUCUUCUCUCACAUCUGCAUCUUCUUCGCUAUGAAUCCUCUGUACUUCCUGUUCUUCAAGUUAAUGUUCGACUGGGACGCAACGGACUAUUCUAACUGGUUGUUCUACAGGGACAUGACCAAAGCCAUCGCGCUGGUGGUGCUGAUGCCUGUGUUCGUGGGCCGCCUGCAGCUCCCCGACACCGCCCUCGGGUUGCUGGGCUGCAGCUCCGUCGCCUUCAUGCAGAUCGCCCUCGGCCAGAUCGUCAGCUCCUCCAUGGCGUGGGUCGCUCUGCUCGGUCCUUUGCUCGGGAUGCUGGAACUGUUCGCGCACUUGGCCUCGCGCUCCAUUAUGUCCAAGUGCUCAGAUGGGAGCAGAGAACUCGGAAAGCUGUUCGCGGCGCAGGCGGUCCUGGACUCCAUCGCCACCGGAUUCGCAGGCCCUUUGUACGCAGCGGUGUACAGCUCUUCCGUGGACAGCCUCCCCAUGGCGCAGUUCCUCCUGGCAGCCCUGUUCAUGUUCCUGGCCGUCUUGGGCAUCAGGGUUUGCGAUAUCUU